AUGGCCAACGCCCACCUAAAAAAAAGGGUCGCAGUGACCAUCAAAUCCACCAAAACCUCACUCUCAAUAACACUAUCACAUGCAUUGUGGCACCUCCUCCGAAUAUGUCUUUCUUUCACCCUCAUAUUCCUCGAUAACACCAUCCUUGCCCUGGCAGCAUCAAUAGCAUACAUCCGCACAAAUCGUCGCCCAAAGCGAAGUGUCCGCUUCUACCCCCAAACAAUUCUAAUCACCGGCAUAGGCACGCCGCACGGGCUGAAGCUCGCCAGGGCCUGGGCCGCAAAAGGCCACCGCGUCAUCGGCGCAGAUGUUACUGAUCUAGACCUACCAGUUCGCUCUGGCGGGAGCAUGUCGAAAGCUCUAGUGGCUUUCUACCGCAUCCCGAAAGACCACUACAUUCCGCGGCUGCAGGAUGUCAUCAACCGUGAAAAAGUAGAUAUCUGGAUUCCGUGUUCGCCAAAGGCAACAUCGUUCGAAGACGCGACAGCGCGCCAGGUCGUCGAGAGCCGCACAGGCUGCAGAUGCAUUACCUUUGACGCGGACCUGGCUGCCUGUUUCGCUCGCCCGGAGUCUUUCCGGCAGUACGUGGCUGAUAAGGGGUUCCCGGUACUGGAGUACCACAAGGUCCAGUCGCGCGACUCCGUGCACAAGAUUUUGCAUCGCUCGCCGUCGAAAUCGUACCAGAUGGCCAGCGUGACGCCCGCGGCUAGUGAUCGCGCUAUGCUCUUGCCUCGCCGCACACUCAGCAAGACGUAUACUUUGAUUAGCGAGAUUCAGAUCUCGCAGAAUCAGCCCUGGAUCAUGCAGCAGCACUCUCGUCUCGGAGAGCUGUUUGCUGAUCUUCUUGUUGUGCGCGGAAAUGUCCAAGCGAUCAAGGUCCGGCUGUCGGAUUCAAAGUCGAAAUGGGGUUCGUCGCGUCUGGAUGAAGCGCUGGCUGCUGCUGUGCAUAAACUUAUGCAGAGCUUUGCUGUGAAAUGCGGUGUUCGGUUCACCGGUCAUCUGACUGUGCAGCUGAUGAUCGAUGAAGAGUUCGACGCGUAUUCCGUUCGACACCCCAUCUACAUCGCUGGCUGCGAGCCCGGCGCUAGGGCGGCCGAGAGUCUAUUACACGAUGGUGCUUCUCCCAUUGCGGGCUAUUUAUCCGUGCUUCCCUCCAAUCCAGUCGACAUGGCCGACAUUAAAGCAAGAUUGGCCUCGAGUCCGCCGACGAAAUCACUCGCGCGAGCUGCUAUCCUUCCUGCUGCGUUUUUGCAGUUCUCGCUUUUACACUUUGUGCUCACUGUUUUCGAAGUCAUGAAAUCAGAGCUGGUGCACUUGUUGUUUUGGAAAGACCCGCUGUUCUCGAUCCUUGAUCCUGUGCCUUGGUGGUGGCAGGUGCAUGUUUAUCAGCCCUUGCGGGAGAUCUGGGUAUUGGUGAAACAGAUGCGGGAGGCUGGGUUGAAUGGGUAUUGA